AUGUCACGUAAAAGUCGAAUGCAAUGCCCGCGUAGCGAUGCGAUCACCGUGGCGCUUAAACGCAUUAAAGAUUCUCAAGAAAUGACCGAUGGUUAUAUUAAACGGUUAAAAUCUUAUUAUCGAUGUAGUUUGUCUUCAAAAAAAAGGGAACAAUCUUCGUUGAAAUUUUAUGGUUUAACUCGUGAUCCUUCUAACGGAGAGUAUAUGUUGGUCAUUCAAUAUACGGCACAUGGAAAUUUACGUACUUUAUUAAAUACGAACUUUUCUUCAUUUCAUUGGUCCGAAAAAAUUUGGUGGCUUUGUGAUAUAGCUUCAAGUUUGCUCACCAUUCAUAAAUCUGGUUCCCGUCCACAAAUUUCUCAAAGUUUACCGCAUGUUUACAUCAGAUUAGCAUUAGAUUGUUGUAAUACGAAUCCCUCAUCACGUCCAAAUGCUAAAGAAUUAUUAUAUGUUUAUAGUGAUUGGUGGAAAUGCAUCAAUAAUGCUGGUGAUAAAUUAUAUCAAGUACAAAAGGCUUUUAUGGACGCUGAUGAGGUUUUACCAAUGUUGGAACUUGUCAAGAUGAAUACUCGCGUAAAAAAUUCGGAUGCUUUUUAUACUAGUAGAUUACUAAAUUUUGAAGAUGUAUUAAAAAGAGAAAGCUAUUUUUCUAUAAAUUCUGAUGACGAAGUUAUAGAAUGA